AUGUCCGACAACGCGAAUGACAACGAACGCCGCCACUGGCACGGUAGUGCCGGUGAUCGCUACGAGCACGUCAAUGCCUGGACGGCAGGUGGAGCGAAGGGACCAGCCUCCCGUGCAUCAUGGGCGCUGACACCGGAGAUGAUGGCUAAUCUGAAUGCCCGGAAGGGCUCCGACGCCUCUACAUCCUCGAACAAUGCCACCGCAAACCCCGCCGGCUCACCCAACACACCCACCGUCAGCGAACGUCGACGCUCGAGUGCCUCGUCCUCCGGUAGUGGUGCAGGUCUCUUCUCGAACCUGCAGACUCAGAAGCGGGAGAGUACGGAUCCGAGCAUGGCAGGACGGAGGGCGAGUUGGAAUGAGCAGCAGGUUCCGGGGGAUACUUCUCGAAGCUUUGGAAUGGGUAUACUAGGGGGA